GUCGUCAUUGGAGGGAUGUUUCCUGUCCACAAGCGCAUUGCUUCCAGUGAUGGCAACACUUCAAGUCUGCAGAAUUCCUCUGGGUGUGAAGGAUUUAAUUUCCGCACGUUCCGCUGGACACAGACCAUGCUGUUUGCCAUCAAUGAAAUCAAUAAGAAGAACGACUUGCUGCCCGAUACUGACCUGGGCUACGUCAUCUACGACUCCUGCUUCACCAUCUCCAAGGCCGUGGAGGGUACGUUGACCUACCUGACAGGCCAAGAUGAGGCGGUACCCAACUACCGAUGUGGAGAUGGACCACCCCUUGCUGCCUUAGUGGGUGCUGGAGGUUCUGAUCUGUCCAUUGCUACAGCCCGAAUUCUGGGGCUUUAUCAUUUUCCACAGGUCAGCUAUUCUUCAACAUGUUCUGCUCUGAAUAAUAAGUUCCAGUUCCCCACCUUUCUAAGAACCAUCCCUAAUGAUGUGCACCAGUCUACAGCGAUGGCUCAGCUGGUGCUGCACUUUGGCUGGACCUGGGUGGGCACCAUAGCUGCUGAUGAUGAUUACGGCAAAUACGGCAUCAAAGACUUCAAGGAGCAGGUGGAGGAAGCUGGCGUCUGCAUCUCCUUCUCUGAGACCCUGCCCAAAGUGAGCAAACCAGAGGUCAUUAAGAGUAUUGUUAAAACUGUAGCUGAGUCCACAGCCAAGAUCAUCGUUGUCUUCUCAUCAGACGUGGACCUUAGUCCUCUUAUCACCGAGUUGCUCCAACACAAUGUGACCAACCGAACCUGGAUCGCCAGCGAGGCCUGGGUCACCUCCGCUCUCAUCAAUCAGCCAGGGGUGAACUCAAUCCUGUCUGGUACCCUGGGUUUUGGGGUGAAGAGGGCUGACAUCCCUGGUCUUCAGCGCCACUUACUGGACUUGGACCCUUACGCUGAUGCACUCACUGAGGAGUUCUGGGGGAAGUUGUUUAACUGCACACUGGACUAUGGCAGAGCUCUGAGGAUGGCCAGAGAGUUGAAUGGCACCAUGUCCAGAGUAGCGAGGGGGAUACCAGAUGGUCUGUGCACUGGGACUGAGUCCGUGGCACAACUCAAUAACACAUACUCUGACGUCUCGCAGUUACGAAUCACUUACAGUGUUUACAAAGCAGUGUAUGCUGUGGCCCACGCUUUACACAACCUGGAGCACUGUGUACCAGGAGAAGGACCCUUUGUUGGGAGCAGCUGUGCUAACAUCAGUAAUUUUGAGCCAUGGCAGUUGAUGUACUACAUGAAGAAUGUGAAUUACAAAAUGCCCAACACAAACGAGGAGAUCUACUUUGAAGACGGAGACAUCAAGGGCUUCUAUGACAUCAUUAACUGGCAGGUCAGUGGUGAUGGGGAGAUAUCUUACGUCACUGUGGGCCACUACAAUGGAUCUGCAGCUGCAGAGGAAAAGCUGCACAUAAAGAACAACUCUAUUAUUUGGAACAAUGAUGUUUUGGAGCCUCCUCGGUCGGUGUGCAGCGAGAACUGUCAGCCUGGCACCAGGAAGGGGAUCCGGCAGGGGGAACCAGUCUGCUGCUUUGACUGCAUCCUGUGUGCAGACGGAGAAAUCAGCAACACAACCAAUGCCCGUGAAUGCAUCCUGUGCACUGGAGAUGACUGGUCAAACAGCGCUCAUGAUGCUUGUGUGCCAAAAAUCAUUGAGUUCUUGGCUUUUGGAGAACCACUGGGAAUUACUCUAAUCGUCAUAUCUGCCUUUGGAGCGUUAGUAGCCAUUGCUGUUGGGAUUGUGUUUGUUAUGUACAUCGGCACUCCUCUGGUCAAAGCCAACGACGUCCUGCUGAGUUUCUCGCUGCUCCUUUCCCUGGUUGUGACCUUCCUCUGCUCCAUUGUCUUCCUCGGAGAGCCACAACACUGGAGCUGCAUGACCAGCCAAGUAGCUUUAGCUCUCGGCUUUGCUCUCUGCCUCUCCUCCAUCAUGGGUAAGUCAGUGGUGCUGAUGCUCAGAGCUCAAGCUUUGAAAAAGGCCCGAGCAAGAGCCAAGGCAGCUGCCAAAGCUGCUAAAGCUGCAGCUGAAGCAGCAGCAAACAGCGGCAGUCCUGAUGUGAUCGUAACCAGCAGCAGUAACAACGAGGCAUCUGAUAAACCGGAAGUUGAUAUUCUCACCUGUGGCCAUCAAAGGGCAAUAGCUGCUGUGGCCACAUUAAUACAGGCCAUAGCAUGCACCGUGUGGCUCAUCCUCCUCCCUCCCCACCCAGUAAAGAACACCGCUGCCCAGAACGUAAAGAUUAUUCUGGAGUGUGAUGAAGGCUCUGUGGUCUUUAUCUGUUGCAUUUUUGGAUAUGACAUCUUUCUGGCUCUGCUGGCUUUCAUCUUUGCCUUCAUAGCCCGUAAACUUGAAGACAACUUCAGCGAGGCGAAAGGUAUGACCUUUGGCAUGCUGGUCUUCUUCAUCGUGUGGAUCUCCUUCGUACCGGCCUACCUCAGCACGCGUGGAAAGUUCAUGGUUGCUGUUCAGAUUUUUGCCAUUCUAGCUUCCAGCUUUGGUUUGCUUGCCUGCAUCUUCCUCCCCAAGUGCUACGUUGUUUUAGUCAAACCUGAGUACAACAAAGAGGAGCUCAUGAGGCCCCGUGCCAAACCCCGUGACGGCUCCUCAAUAGGCACGUCAGCCUCUCUUGCUACAGCCGCUACUGAGGUUAAUACUUCAUUUGCAUCCACUGCUAUUGAUGAACAAUGA